GUUGUCGGCGGGUUCCGUGGCGCGCUGCUGCUGCUGUUGCUGUUGCUGCUGCUGUUGCUGCUGCUGCUGCCGUAACUGCUCCACCACCGCCAGCAUCUCCGGCCUGGUCAAGCCCAAGCCCGCCUGAGCUGCUAUACCGCUCUUGUUUACAGAAGCUACCUGCCCACAACACAAAGCUGUCGCUUGGUCUGAUGGAGCAAAGGCGCUCAGCACAGCUCAGUACGGCAAGGCAACAAUGCGACCGGCGUGGAUACAGCACGGAGCGGACUGGAAAUUUGACACAGCACCAGAGAGCUCACGCAGGAGAGAAACCCUUCAAGUGCAGUGUGUGUGGGAAGGCAUUUUCACGGUCAUAUUAUCUUAAAAGACACCAGAGAGCACACACGGGAGAGAAACCCUUCAAGUGUAGUGUGUGUGGGGUGGCAUUUUCACAGUCAAAUAAUCUUAAAAGACACCAGAGAACACACAUAGGAGAGAAACCUUUCAAGUGUACUCUGUGCGGGAAGGCAUUUGCACAGUCAUCUUCUCUUAAAAAACACCAGAGAAUACACACGGGAGAGAAACCCUUCAAGUGCAUUGUGUGUGGGAAGGCACUUUCACGGUCAUCUGUUCUUAAAAGACACCAGAGAACACACACAGGAGAGAAACCUUUCAAGUGUACUCUGUGCGGGAAGGCGUUUUCUUUUUUACAUCAUCUCGUAAGACACCAGAGAACACACACGGGAGAGAAACCCUUCAAGUGCAGUGUGUGUGGGAAGGCAUUUGCACAUUCAUCUACUCUUGUAACACACCAAAGAACACACACGGGAGAGAAACCCUUCAAGUGCACUGUGUGUGGGAAGGCAUUUUCACAGUCAUCUUCUCUUAUAAAACACCAGAGAACACACACGGGAGAGAAACCCUUCAAGUGCACUGUGUGUGGGAAGGCACUUUCACGGUCAUCAGAUCUUAAAAGACACCAGAGAACACACACGGGAGAGAAACCCUUCAAGUGCAUUCUGUGCAGGAAGGCGUUUUCAGAUUCUUCCAAUCUUCAAGUACACCAGAGAAGACACAAGCAUCAGAAGAUCCACAAGGACUGGAGUGUGAAAUCAGCUUGUGAAAGUCAAAGUGCUGCAAUGAGCCCAUCCCUCAUCAAACAAGAACCGGAAGAAAAUCCCAGCUUGGACACUUUUAAAGGUACCAAGGUGAAAUAUGAAGAGGUGAAGGUGGAAUGUGAAGAAGUGAUGGUGAAGAGUAAAGAAGUGAAGGUAAAGUGUGAAGAUGAAGAUUCAAGUCCAGAAUGUGACCUUCACAUGGAUGGAGGCAACGUGAAGCAGGAGGAGAAUUCUGACUGAGGCAGAGCGAGGCAACUCCCAGCAGUUUGUGGAAGUGGAGGUGUCGGUGGACUUCCUCCGAGACAAUACAAAGUGAAAUGGGGACCCGGUAAAUGUGUAAGCCAGAGACGAUGUCGCUCCAAUAGAUGCACCUUUGUCACAGGCCUUUAAUGACAAUAACGUGAAGUUGAACACUCAGUUCCUAGGUUCAAUCUGCAGGGUAAGGGUGGCCAGUCUUUGUGGACCUGUGUGUUGGGUAUAUCUCUGAGAGCCAAUAAGCUUCCAAGCAUUCACGAUGUUAUAAUUGCUUUUACAUGGUGCUGACUUAAUCCGCUCAGCAACUCGGAGUUUUGUAUCGUACCUCGUCUCAAACAUUCUAAGAGCACCCCAAGUAGCAGCUGCCCCUGUGUGGCACAAGGUGGUGGCCCUGCACCGGCCUGAAUAUUGUCAAGAGCCUGUCAGUAGGGGGCGAUGAUUGAUCUGUCAUCUCAGCUGUGUCGUUUGUAGGUAAUGUUUAGAAUUUGCUAAAUUUUUGACCCAGACGCCAACAUGCAAAGGCCUACUCGUUUUGAAUUGCACAAUUGUGUGUUUCACAUCCACUGUUCAGUAGAGGGUGCAUUCUUGAAAUAGCUCCUUGUUAAUAAGAUGUUAUCUAAACUAAAUUGUUCAAUUUUGGAAGAAGGUAAUCAACCAGGUAGGGUGUUGACUGUUGUGUUGGGUGACUCUGUGUUGUGUUGCAUUAUAUUUAUAAGUUCACUAUGUUUGUGUUUUCAUUCACUUGUACCUGACGAUGGUUGCUUGUGUUCCAAUCGAAACGU